AUGUCCGACCAGCACGUAGAAGACGCAGCGGCGACGUCCACCUCGAACACUUCCAUCUCCCUCCUCGGCCUGGUAGUCGCGUCGGGCUCAAACAACAGCGCAUUGCCACCCUCGCCCGCCGCCGACACCGUCAAAAACGGCAAGACAGAACUCGCGCCAGUUGAUGCCGUCAGUAGCGGUGCGGCAGCAAGUGCCGCUGGGGGUGAGAGUUCCAUCACAAACGACGUCGACGCAGUGCACGAAGAGGUGGCGGUGGGCGCCGCCUCUAGCCACUUAGAGGACAGCGACGUGGCAAAGAGCGGUGCGGAGCACGACGACGAGGAGGAAGACGCGGCUGAGCUCGACACGGUUGCGGCGAAUGACGUGAAGAACAUCAUCUUACAGGUGUUGAGUCCGUACUUUGACGACGACGUUAGUGCGACAUCAGACGUGGGUGGUGGCGGAGGGGCUGGGGAGGGGAUGGGUGUGGGGGGCAACGCCGGGCCGGGUCCGUCGGGUCCCCCCAACACGGGGGGCAAAGCGGGCACCGGAGCGCCGCCCCCCACCGCCGCGCCGCACGAGCACGAGGAGGAAAUCAGCGAGGACGUCGCGCAGCGCUAUGACCACGUCAAGUCCGAAAUGUGGAUUGCGCGGAUUUGCGACGGCAUCAUGGAGCGGCUUGUCGGGCUCGGGAAGCCGUUUAAGUUUGUCGUCCACGCGAUGGUGAUGCGCAAGUGCGGGGCCGGGCUGCACGUGUGCUCCAGCUGCUACUACGCCCCUUCUGAUGGGUGGCUGAGUCACUCACACGACCUUUCCGCGCAUCUUUACGCGGUUGUGACGGUGUACUGGUGUGCCACAUAA